CAGGCUUUGUGCCAAUGGUGUAGACGAACUCAUGGCGCAACAUGUGGCCCAGCUUUUUGCGCGGGAUCCGCUGAAUGUCUUUCGCGAACGUCUCGAGGUGGACAAUGCGCUGGUGGGAGACCAUUGGGAACAACUUCAAUCAUCGAAUUGGGGCACCGUCCGCUUCAAGCCGCCUCCAGCUCAAAGCUCCAACCCCGAUGGGGCCAUCGGUUGGCGAGUGGAGCUUAGGACGCCCGAGGCACAAGCCACGGACUUUGAAAACGCGGCGGUCAUCGCCGUCGCUCGGGUUUUAGCCCAGAUGAUUUUGGAGGAAGGUUGGGACCUCUACGUGCCCAUCUCCACGGUGGAAGAGAACCUUCGCCGCACCGAAGGGGUGGGCGCUGUGACCCGGCAGCGCUUCCUCUUCCGAGACGACUUUCUAGGCGGCGAAUCGAGCGGCAUUCAGGAGUUCUCCUUGGAGGAGAUCCUCUUUGGCGCAAAUGAGAAGGGUGUGUUUUCCCGCUGCUUGAACUUCAUGCAGAAGAAACACAGCGAAGGACUGUGUGCUGCGCAGACCGUCCAACGAUUUUCACGUUAUGCGGGGCACUCAGGAGGUCGAGCUCUUCCGGCGGCGAUGCCGAAGCGAAUUGCCGACUCCCGCGGCCUGGUUGAGGCGGCGCCUUGCAGCGCAUCAGGCCUAUGCCGGUGGUUCACUGGUGCCGCGCGAGUUCGUCAAGGACAUGGCCAUGCUUGCGGCCAGCCUCUCCCAAAGGCCAAGGCCGCCCGCAGCAGCGGAAGCCCUGGCGGAGCUGCUGGGGGACCUCGCAGGAGAGGACUGAGGCGAUGGAUAGGCGAGCUGGCGUAGCUGGGCGAUCUGAGCUGGCGCUAGAAGCAAAAGUGUCACGCCAGCUGGGACUUCAAAGACGGUGUUUUUUCUG